CCCCCUGUGGGCUUAUCGCCCUCCUCCUCAAAAACGAUGUUCCAUUCUGGCCCCGGUUCGAGCAUGCAGCCUCAGCCUGGCGUGAUGCAGCAAAACAGGAGCCAAAUCGCCCCACCACCAAAAUCCAUAGGGGGCUUGACCGCGUGUUGGGGGGGAACUGGUGAACUGAACUAUGUCCAAGCCAAACAACAACCAUAUAAACGCCGCUCCUAGUCGAUGCCCCAUGCCGGCAACAAAGCAUGCUCCUCUUUACCCUGGAGAUCUUUAACAAGUGGUCGACUGAAAGGUAGAAAAGGACGUCCAAAACAAAAAGAAAGAAGAAGUAAACGAAAAAGGAAAAAGAAAAAGAAAGAUUUUCCACAGUACACAUGAGUAUCAUAAGCGGUCUGUCUCAUCCGUCAUCCAUUGCAAGAAGGAAGGGAAGAGGGGAAAGCAAAAAAAAAAAAAAAAAAAA